ACGCGCGCCCGCGAAAAAAAAAGCGCGCUUAAUCCGGCGGUACGUGGGAUUGGGCGGGAAGAGAGUCGUCUGAGGAAUCACGGGAUUGGGUGGAUGGAAGAGUCAAACCGCUGCUGUGACUCAGAUGAAGAGAUGAAUCCAAUUCACUUCACUUCACUUUACCUCAGCUGAACACCGGACGGAGUCGCGGAGAAACAGACCUUAUUAUCGACCUAACUGGAAUUAAUAACAGUUUUGGGCAAAUAAGGAAGAACAUUAAGGAACAUUCUACUAUUUAACGAUGGCUUUCAUGGUAAAACACGUAGUCGGCGGUCAGCUGAAGAAUCUGACAGGAGGUCUGACAGAAGAGAAAUCUGACGGAGACAAAUCCGAUGCCGCCGCUCAAGGAAUGACACAAGAAGAGUUCGAGCAGUACCAACAACAGCUAGAGGAGGAAAAGCAAGAGCGAGAAGCCGAUUUUGCCCAGAAGAAGGCGGAGAGGGCGACAGUCAGGUCUCACUUCAGAGACAAAUACAGGUUGCCAAAGAACGAGCUGGAUGAGACUCAGAUCCAGGCGGCGCAAAACGAUGUCGAGCUCCCCACCGAACUGGCCAAGAUGAUCGCAGAAGACAACCAGGAGGAGGAACAGAAGCAGUCUGUCCUGGGUCACCUGACCAACAUCCAGAACGUGGACAUGGGCCACCUGAAGGGCAAAGCUCAGGCCACACUGGAGGAUCUGAAGAACUCGGCGGAAAAGUGCUGCGUCAUGUGAUCUCACUGCAUCUUCACACCUGGAAACAUUUCUUCUCUCUUUAUCCCUGUAUCUCCUCCAUCACACACACACACACACUCUCUCUCACAUACACACACACACACACACACUCAAACACGUCUAACGACAAACAUCCAUAUUCAUAUAUCCGGUGUGACGUUUAGGGCAGUGUUUGUUUCAUGAUGCUGAUAUCAUUCUAGGAGUUUAAAUGUCAUGUGUGUUUCAUCAACUAUUUGAGAAUCUCACAAAAACACAAUCGGGUCACAUUUCACCUCAUAAAAAAAUAUAGAUUUUGCAUAAAUUAUUAAUCUUAAAGGGAUAGUUCACCCAAAAAUGAAAAUUCUGUCAUUUAUUCACUCUCAUGUUGUACUAAACUAAUUCUGAAGAAUGCUGGUAAGCAAACAGUUGACGGUACCCAUUGACUUCCAUAGUAUUUUUUUCCACACUAUGGAAGUCAAUGGCUACCGUCAGCUGUUUGCUUACCAACAUUCUUGAGGGUUAGUAAAUAAUGACACGGUUUUCAUUUUGGGUAAACUAUCCCUUUAAUGGUCCUAAAAUAUCCUUCGUUUCCAUUAUGCAAGUGUAAUUUCUUAGUCAUUUUGACUUUGGAGUGAAAUGUGACGUGUUUCUGGAGAUUGACCCAUCCAAACCAGACCUGCUCCGGUCUGAAGGUGUUUAUUAGUCUAACGGGUUCAUGACUUUAGGGAGUCUUGAAGGGCUUACGGGAGCAGGAAUGGAGGUAGAACCCAGAUUCCCCUGAACAUCCGCACUAACACCGUCACAUUUGACCUUUGACCUUUCAUUGAGUGGUGCCGUUUUGUGCAGGUGGUUUGGUGUCGUCGUGAUGCAGAUGUCGACCUUUUUCUUUCUGGUUGUUCCCUCUUAAGGAGACUCAAAAUAAUGAUUUGAAAUGCUGUGCUGCUGAGGUGAGCGUCUGGAUGAAGGGAUUUAUUCUGAUCACGUCUUUUGAGUGAAGCCAUGCAGGGAUUUGGUUCUGAAUAUAAGCUGUAAACAUAAAGCAAUAUUUCCAUCUCUGAUCUACAGGACAGAGCUGAUAGCCAAUUAAUGUGAAGGGUUAAACUGACUCUCCUGUUCAUUUUAUUUAACCCAUUAGAUUAUUAUAUAUUUAUUUAUAAAUGGCAAGAAUUUGUUUGUCGUUUGUUUUACUUAUGACCUUGAUAGUUGUUUCCGCUCUGGACUGCAUAAGUAACGUAAUUACCAAUGUAAUGCAUUUAUGUAAUUAUUUCUUCUGUAAUUUCCAGACCUUGCUGAUUUUUGACUGUUGAAACUGUAAUAAAUAUAUUUGUACAAAGA